AUGACCACCAAUUUACAACAAACUGGUCCUAAAUGCUGUUCUUGCUGUUGCUCUAAAACAGGAACCUUUUUAAUUUAUUUAUGGGUAGCAGUGUUAUCAUUUACCAUCUCUGCAAUGCAAUGGAUUUAUCAAGAACCAGCAUUUUAUGACCCAUUUAUUUAUAGACCUAUUCCAGAAGAUCAUUUUUCACACAUUAACAAUUUAUCACUGCUUUCAAGAAGAAAUUCAUCUUCAAAUAUUAACUCUUCUCCGUUCUUCUCUUCACAACACUCCUCUCCUUCAUCAUUUUCUCACAUUAUUUAUUUUAAUCGAUUUAACACAACCACAAUUUUUGAACAACAACAACCUGUCACACCUGGUAUCUCGACAACAUCCUCUGAAUUUGUAACUUCUCAAAAAUUCUUUCAUACGUUUAAAUUAUUUGAAAUGGUCACUGUCAAAUCAAACAUGAGCUAUAAUUUUGAAAAAGAUCAUUUCACAUCGCUGAUUGUGCAAUUUCAUGGCUAUGCCGAAUAUUCUGAACGAUAUAAAUUCUUUUAUGAAAGAUUUUUUAGUCUUUCAAACUCCAAUAAUGAAGAAUCAUCCAUUUUGAAAACAAACACAGAUUUUGACAACUUGUCAAAAAACCUCUCAAGAAUUGCAAUUUAUUCCUAUGAUUUACGGGGACACGGAUAUUCGAGUGGAAAAGGAAGAUCUUUUUGGAGAACUUCUCAUGAACAUUUACAAGAUAUUGAGACUGUCAUUUGUGAACGAAUUCCUUUCAUUUUACAUUCUGUGUUAAAAUCACCCAAUGCAAAAGUUUUUUUAAUGGCACAUUCCACAAGUGCUCUCAAUCUAUUGACGUUUGAUUAUUUGAAAGGUGGAGGUGUCAAUAGUUAUCAACGACAUGAUCUCAAUGAUUUUUCUCCAACAUGUUCAUCAUCAUUGUCACAUGGAAAAACCUCAUCUCAAUCCUCUACCUUUCAUUCUUCUUGGGAUUCCAAUCAUUUCGAAAACACAAAUAGUGCAGAGAGUACAAGGACGACGUUUGGAAAAUUCAGACCAUUAUUGACCUUGAAAAAGAUGAUUCCUAAUUUUUCUGGAAUGAUUCUUACUUCACCUUCGAUUGCUUUGAAAGGUUUUUAUAAUGAUUUUUGGAGUCGACGGAAAAGUCAUUCGCGCUAUUCAUCGAUGGGAUCACAUGAUUCCAAUGGUGGAACUUUAGAAAAUUCAUCUCCUGCGUUAAAAUCACAACAUCCACAACAACCUCAUUAUCAACCAAAUGAAAGCACUUCUAGAAAUCAUUUGAACAUUUAUUCCUCGAGUAAUAGAGAAGAAGUAGAGGCAGAGCAUGAAGUUUCUUCAUUUUUUGAAAUGCAAAUUUAUUUAGUGAAAUAUCUCAUGUUGCCACUCUUUCCAUCACUACCAAUUUACCCCUCUUUUGGAGCAUUGUGUUUACAUCCGAAUUGCUUACAGAGAUAUAAGGAGGAUAAGGUUAUGUAUAAAGGUCCAUGGAAAGUAGGGCCUUGGGUUUCCAUACUCGAGCAAAUGCGAAAUGUUGUUCUCUAUUUGAGAGAUCAUGCUACUUCGACCGAAGUCAAAAGAAAAGAAAGUAGUCGUCACACCUGCACCAAAAGUGAUAGCAGUGGUAACACUUGCGCAAGUACCGCUUUGAGCCCACCACUGUCACGUGUGUUGGUUAUGCAUGGACAAAUGGACAAUUUAUUUGAGUGGACACGAACUCGAGCUCUGUUUGAAAAUUAUUUUGGAAAUCAUAUGGAGUGGAUAGCUUAUGAAAAUUUGGGACAUGAUUUAUUUCACGAAGAUGAUAAUGUUCAAAUUGCAAGAGAUUUGUAUCAUUUUGUGACAAAAUCUUAA